AUGUCUGUGUCUCACACACAAUGCCAUCGUAUGUGUGUAGGUGUCCGUGUCUCGCAGACAAAACUCUCUUCCUGUGUGUGCCCGAAGGAAAGCCCCUUGGCCACGGUCUGUCUCCCCACCUGUGGUCCCUUUAAGAGAACACACGCUUCCGGGUCUCCGCCUGCGACGUCAUUCAUCUCGGCCAAUCACACAAGGACAUGCCGCGUGGGGGGCCAAUCCGAGGGGAGGGCAGCGGGGUUUGUUGCCAUGGCGACAGCCGCCGGGCCUAGGCCCCGGCUGGCCGAGGGACGCCUGGAGGCGAUUCCCCGGGAGCGGGACCUGAGCCGGGGGCUGGAGAGCCUGCCGGUGUCGGUGUGGCCGCCGCCCGAGGACCCCCCGCCCUUCCAGUACAGCCCAGAGCAUGUGGCGGGAGCAGGAGAAGACACCGACCCUUCUGAAAUCACUUUUCCAGGAUGUAAUUGUCUUACUGCUUCCUGCGUGGCCAACACUUGUUCGUGUCUUCACCAUGGUGAAAACUAUAACAGUGCAUGCAUCAAAUACAUAGGAAGUGAAGUGGACUAUGCUAGACCUAUUUUUGAAUGCAAUACCAUGUGCCAUUGUGGUGAGUUCUGUCAAAACAGGGUUAUUCAGAGGGGUUUACAAUUCAGACUUGAGGUGUUCAAGACUGUUAAGAAGGGUUGGGGCCUCCGCACACUGGAGUUCAUACCUAAAGGAAGAUUUGUGUGCGAAUAUGCUGGUGAAGUUCUAUGCUUCCGUGAGGCAUGUAGAAGAAUACAGGCACAGACACCAGAGGAUUCAAACUAUAUUAUAGCUGUGAGGGAACACUUGUAUGACGGACAGAUAAUAGAGACAUUUGUUGAUCCUAUGAAUAUAGGAAACGUUGGCAGGUUCCUGAACCAUUCUUGUGAGCCAAAUUUAUUUAUGGUUCCUGUCCGAAUUGACUCACUGGUGCCCAAACUGGCACUUUUUGCUGCUGUUGCUAUCUCUGCUGGAGAAGAACUUUCAUAUGAUUAUUCUGGAAGAUUUCUUAAUGUACCAUUAAUCAAAAGAGAGCAGGAAAUGUUGGAGGAAGAUGAUAUAAUGAAAAAACCCUGUUACUGUGGUGCUAAAUCAUGUGUUGGUUUUUUACCAUAUGAUAGCUCUCUGUGCUAUACACCAGGCAACCAAACUUUUGGCAACGUUUCUCAAGGAAACAGCCGUGCAUAGGGAUUCAAAAAGAUUGAUGUAGGUGAAUAUAGCAUCUAUUGUCAGAUAUGCCUAGAUAAAAAUGGAAUGAGAUUCCUUUGCGCUGCCACCCAAAAAAAUGACCAUAGGUUCCCCUCUCCACAGAUAUACACACACACGAACAGCUCCAGCAAGGGUAGAAUUAUAAUAGCAAGAUGUGGGAGGGGGAAAUGGGAAAUGCCACUCCACUUAGCUUCAAGUGAACGGUUAAAUGACUAAUUAGGACUACAGGCAAAGUGUAGGAAGUAAUUGUUAUGUACACUAUAAUCUUACACAGUUAGAGGCAUAUGCUCAGGACACAGUGAACCCAUAACUUUACAUCUCAGUAAGGGUUAAUAUUUAACACAUAGGUGAAGGAGAAGUCAGAGCAGAGGCACUGAUGGUACAAAAUAAACAGAAGCUAAGGCAGGUAUAAAGUGCUGUGGGUGAGUAUGUUAGAUAGUGUGCUCUUUUCAGGAGAGGAGAUUGCAAUCUGCUUUACUGCUCUGACUGUUAGAGCUGGCCUUGGGCAAAAGCCAAGACAGAGUUCCUGACAACUUGCUGAACGAUCUCCUGUACUCCACUAUUCGAGGUGGAUGAUGCCAGAGAUAGCUAAAUGGGUGACUUGUUGCCACAGCUAACCUUUUUCUGUUAAAAUAAGAAAUCUUAGGAUAACUAGCCACAUCUCAAAGGACAGUUGAAGGUUUUGAUAAUAAGGCAUGUUUCAAUGGACAGUGAGAUAUAUAGAAACAGAUUGAAUUAGAAUCGUAGGUGCAGAAAAGAGGGAAUUUGGGGAGAUGAGUUAGAUAAGGGGGAAAAAUCACUUAAGAAUUAAAGCUGGGGAAAAAAAUCAGGUGACAAGUGCAAAUUAACAGUGGCAUUUUCAAAGGUGGCACCGGUUUUUUUGUUUUUUUUAAACUGUGUGCCAUUAAUAGUUCCUGCAAACUAAAACUAUUUAAAUCAUGAAUUGCCUUGCCUGUUCUGGAGCCUGUUUGAAAAUUAGGAGUCACUUUCUUUUAUCCAACACUGUAGCUGAGCCCCUCUUCUUUCAUGACUAGCUUUUACAGAAUAUUAAGUAAAAUGCAUUCCUUCCUCCCCAUUUUUUGCCAGCUCUUCCUGCUCACCCCUCUUGACUGUAACUGGCUAGGGAGCUAAUUCUGUUCCAUGAACACUUGACUUUGCAUUUUCUCCUCUGUUGCCUGAAAUGGACUCUGUACCCCAGGCCUUCUCUGAUCAUUCUAACUUUUUCUGAACUGGCUCCAUCUCAAGGCAUAGGCUCUGUUAGCCACAAGAGGGCACCAAUGUAGAUGUAUAGUCAUCUCUUCGAAAUAGCAUGGAUCACCUCAGUGAUGCUUCCAGCUGAUGUUGGCAAAACAACUGAGGGAGUGUGCAGAAAAUCCAAACUUCACUCUGUGGAGUAGUACAAUACACUACCUGUGUGUCUGGCAAAACAGACUGAAGUGGUAGAUGCUAAUAUACAACACCUUUGCGAACAAGCAUCUGUUUCUGCAUUGUUCAACAGAUGGCAGAGAGAAGAGGGGUUAAUUUUUUUUUUAAUAGUCCUUUCAAGCAUUUUUUAUGCAGUCAGAUGUUUUAUUGUUAGCCUGUUUUUUCCUCUCAAACCAAAUUGUUUUUCUGCCUUGGGUUAUAAGGAACAGGGAAGCAGAGUUUUGUCAUUACAGAUAGGAGGGAUAGUGGUGUUUCAAAGAUACAUAAAGUAAUGGCUACACUUUACAACUAAAAAAUACAAAAUCUUAAGCAGUAUGAGUUAAGAAAGUUGCUAGUUUUAGGCCAAUUGUUGUGGACCAGUGACUGUCCCACAACCAUCCACUAGCGCGAUUACUGAUUGUCAUCAGUCCAUAACCAUCUGAUGGUGUCAGAGUACCUCCUCUUUCUCCCUUAGAAAUAAUUGCUUCUGCUAGUGGUGUAUGGUGGAGGUGUACAUAAGAGAAGCUUCCUAUUGGUUGCUGUCUUGACUAAGUAAAGUGCGGCAAGGGUGGCAACCAACUCACCUAUCCUCAAGAGAUGAAAUGCACAAUCACUUAGCACUUAAUUUUUCUUUGGGGGCAGAGGGAAUCUUAUUGUAAGUAAGCAGGAUAUCUCAAUUGAAUUUCCAUCUUGUAUCUAUUUCUUUAAUUUUGAGAUUAACAUUUUUAUGCAUGAAGCAUCUGCACAAAGAACCACCCUUGCCCCUACCUAAAACUGAUCUUGACUGAACAUUCCAGAUGUUGAAAAUGUAGAACAUGGAAGAAGUUUUAGAGCUCAAGAAAAGACCAUACUUUGUUCCUUCUCGGCAGAUAGGCCCCAAUCAGGGCAGAGCUACUCACAGACCCUAGUUUAGAAAAGGAAAAGGGUCUCUCACGCCUUUCCUGUAAUUCCAUACCGUCUUUCUUUGUAGCAUGCUUUAAGUCCAGUCUGUUUCAGUUGGGCUAGUUUCAAGAUUUAGUGCUCCCCUAUGCUACCUUCUACCCCCAGUUUCCAGUGUCCCAUCCCCCGCCCCUCCCAAAAUCAUACUACUGGGAAACUGACACUACCUUUGCGGUAAAAUUUGAAGGGCAAGUAGAUUUAUCUAUGCACUGCUUAGUUCUGGCUGCUGGACAAGCCUAUUUGUAAUGUUUUGUCUUGUGCUAUUGGGUGGUACAACAUAUAUUAAAGUCAGUUUUUGAGAACAGGAUAGAUGGGUCAAUUGCCAGUGGAUCAAAUUUAAUUAUAAUUUUUUUAAAAAAACCUAAACCUGCAUUUUGCAACACAGAAAAAUCCAUUCAGUCCAUAAAAACUAAUACAAUAUGUACUCUUAAGUGGCUCACUUACUGAGUAGCUCAUGUUAUCUUAAUUCACUGUACCUUGGGUCUAUUAAAUAUCACAGCGUUCAAACAUACAUGUUUGUCCAAUAAAUUUGUAAACAAAUCUGCUUUAUUCGGGUACUUUGGAGUAAUUGCCGGUAAAGUAUUGCAAUGGUGGAGAACCUUCAGCAAGGUGGCUACUGUUUACUGCAGUGCCUCAGAAGCAAUAUUGCACCUUUGCAUUUUGAUUUUCAGCAGUAAGAGGAUGGCAUGAAUGGUUCCACACCAUACAACCAUUUCACAGUAGGAUAAGGAAUACAAUUCUAUGAACCUAGUUCCAGUUCCACAUGCUGCUGCUUUUCUAACUGGAAAAGAUGGUCAGUGACAACACCCUUCACGAUCUGUUCCUGUAAGUCCUGCACAUUUGCGAAACAACCAGUGAGGGGGCCACUUCUGCCAAACACUUAAGAAAAGAACACUAAGGGUAGAUGUUAUUAAAAGAUAGUUCUGUGUCUGCUUAAUUAUUUGUUUUUAUGUCCCAUUCUGCUGAGUGAGACACUAUUGUACUUUUAAGUUUGUAAGUAGUAUGUAUUUCCAAUCAUACUAUUUGUCCUGUUGGAGCAGUCAGCACCUAAACAGUUUAAAUACACACUCUAAUUUGCUACCCUGUUUUUCUGAAGGAUGUUGGCCAGAUAGCACCUCCAGUGACAAAAUGCACCUUCACUGUUUUCCAGGUGUUAGUUUGCAAAAGGAAUAUCUCAUCCACCCAUUUUGGAAAGGGAAGAGUUUUGGUUUUGCUCGCUGUUACUGAGAUGCUAGUCUUUCCCUAGUUUCCCAUUUUGACAACCCACACGCUCCCUAAAGCCCAUCUACAAUUUCACUUCUGUCAAAGAAAGACAAUUAGAUCUUGUGCUAGGAUCAAAUUUUUAUGCAAAGUUUGGAGUAAUGCACAGAAGCCAUCCAAGACAAGGUCGGAUUCAAAAUCAAAUGCCUAAGACCAAAAGAUCCUAUUGGUAUUACAUUGUUUUAACUUUCUAAACAAUGUUAAAAAUAAAGUCCCCAAAUCAUAAGUUUUAUCAGUAUAGCUGUAAGUGACAUGAAUGUAGCUUCUAUCCUCAACUAUGAGUUGUGUGAACGUAUUUUUGCAUUUCUAAAGUGCCUUUCAGCCAAGGAUCUGCAAACAUAAGGCUUCAAGUGUUGCCAAAGAGCCCACUAUUGCCAUAAGUCUGAAGUCAGGCCCCAAACAGAAGAAACACUGCACAAAUGGGAAAAAAUGUGAUAAUUUUUCUCAUUCAGUAGCCACUACCGGCUCUCUGGCUAGCUCAGUGGUUCUCAACUCUGGUCCACUGCUUGUUCAGGCAAAGCCCCUGACGGGCCGGUUUGUUUACCUGCAGCGUCCGCAAGUUUGGCUGAUAGCGGCUCCCACUAGCCAUCCAUCCUGCAGCACCGAUUGGCCUGGAGCGGCGAACUGCGGCUAGUGGGAGCCGCGAUCGGUCAAACCUGUGGACGCGGCAGGUAAACAAACCAGCCCAGUGCACCAGGGGCUUUCCCUGAUCAAGCGGUGGACCAGAGUUGAGAACCACUGUGCUAGCUGCAUACAAGACAAUGAAACAAAACGUACAAGGAUGUUGCUAUCGUUCCCACACAGUGGGCAUGUGUUUAUUGUGUAUAUGGCAGGAGGUGUUUUGUUUUUGCACAUUGCUGUCUUACUAGGCAGGGCAAGUUUGGGAAAACCAUGUGCCACAACGGAAAAACUAAGGAGCUGCCUAAUCUUAUCAUAACAGUGCAACCACUGCCUGUUUCAUAGCACUAGUUUAGUAAAUGUGAUAUAGCAGACAAAGGAAGUGUCCUUUCAUUUUAUUUGUUCCAUUUCUCCAUUGUGUUUCCUUAUCAGCGUUAGAUCCCAUUACUUUAACUAAUAAUCCUUUUUUGGGAGGGGACCGCUUCCCCAUU